AUGGCUUCAGAAAUCAAAGUUGAAGUCAUUCGCAAAGAAACAAUUAAGCCAUCUUCUCCAACUCCUCACCACCUUAGAACUUCCAGUCUCUCUGUUUUUGAUCAGUUACAACCUGAAAUGUAUAUCCCAUUACUUCUCUUCUACCCCAACAAUAUUAGUGAUGAUGUGGUCAACAACAUUGAUCACAAUUCCUUGUUUGCUGAAAGAUCUAAGCUUCUCAAAACAUCAUUAUCUGAAGCUCUCACCCAAUUCUACCCCUUUGCGGGGGAGUUCGAAUAUAAUGUUUCAAUCAGCUGCAAUGACCAUGGGGCUAGAUUUAUUGAAUCCCGAGUCAACUGUCCCAUACGGAAGGUUUUGGACAAACCCGAUUUCGGGAUUGUUAGAUUUAGGGGAAACAACGUGAUUUUAUUAGAUUGGAGGAGGAUAGUACAAAGCAUGGUUUUAUUAGAUUGGAGGAGGAUAGUACAAAGCAUAGUGUAG